AUGUGUGAGAAGUUACCAUCUGAAGUUUUGCGGCAUGUCUUCAAAAUUAUCUAUGAAGAUGGAAUAAAUGACCGAGCAGAAAUGUUGGAGGAUCUUUACACAUGUAUUCAAGUCAACAAGCGUUGGUGCGUGACGGCAAUGCCAAUUCUUUGGUCAAAUAUCAUCCCAUCCCCAAGUGUCAUAAACACAUUUAUGUCCUUUUUUACAUCGGAAGAACGAAAAGAAUUAGGUUCAAAAGGUGUCCCAUUCCAUAACAUUCCUAAUAAAACAUUUAUGACAUUUUGUUAUCCUUCUUUUCUCCGUGUUCUCAAUUUACAAGAAUUCACCUCUGCAAUAUUUAAUUGGUGUCUUCAAGAGUGCCCUCAACCAAUUGCAAUUCCUUACAACGCCUUGUUGCGAGGUCUUUUCGUGAUACUUGCGAGUCAUUGCAAGACCCUGCAGCAACUCCACAUGGAUCGGAGAUUGUACAUUGAUAAUAUGCAUCAUGAGCUGUGGCUGUUGUUACAAGACAAGACCACUCGAGGUUUGAUCUCUCCUGUGAGAAAGCUUUGUCUCGAUGUCAGAAAGAUCAUCAACGAGGAUUGCUUGAAACUAUUGUGCGAGAAUGUUCGCUAUGUGAGGGUUCUUAGAGUGGACAUGACAAUAAAUCAACAUUAUUGGAGUUGGGAUCUUCAAGUUGCCCGACUGAUCUCCUCGCAAAAAUCCCUCACGUCCUUCACAAUGAAGCGGGGAAAGUGCUCAAAUGCUAUCAUUUCGGCGCUUGAACAACACUCGCAAACCUUGAGGCUGAUUCAUUUUCGCCGAGUUGAUUUCUCAAAGUGCAAUUCGAUUAAUACACUGAAAUACGACUGUAAAAAUUUAGAAGUUUUGAUCAUGUACGGGUGCAAGCAUUUAUCUGAAAAUGUGCGCGAAGAGAUAAGCGAAGCAAAUUUCCCUAAAUUGGUUGAACUUGACAUUGAAGGGACGGAUUGUGGUGAGGGAUUGGUUUCAAAGAGCAGAAGUAGUGUGAAUAGGAAAGAAAAUCUAGAAAUCAAGUUUUAUUGA